CAACAACUACAGACGCCUGCGCCCACUCUCCUUCUUCCAUACCCUUCGCGACUUUGAGACAUUGCACAGGCUCGACCCCGCCUCGUCUGUAUAUCACUUCCCAUUUCCAUUGUCCGCGAGCCAGCACGCGCAGCAGCAUUCCACGGGACGGAAGGACAGGCAACCGCGAGCGGGCUCAGGAGUCGACCACCGGACUGCCACCACGCACGCCAGCGGCACAGAGUCAGGCGCCAGGAAUUCACAUCAGCAUGGCUUACAACAACACAUAUGGCGGCGGUGGCUACGGCCAAGCCAACCCAUACGAUACCGACAGCAGCGGCUAUGGCCAACCUCCUCCAGCCUACGGCGGCGGCGUCGAAAUGCAACCCCUCGCACACAAUGGCGCUCCGUACUCGAACGAACAACCCCAACGCGACCCCAAUCAGAUCCUGAACGAUUGUCGCGCCGUCGGCCGAGCCAUUGACGACCUCGAGAGCCGCUUGGGAGAACUGCAGAGACUACAGCGAUCCUUCAUCUCCAGCGCCGGCGUCUCUAACAAAGAUGUCGACGCCCUCAGCGCAGAUAUCAUGUCAGGAUACCGUGGAUUGGCAGAUCGCGUGAAGCGCAUCAAGGGACAACCAGACGCAGGCAACCCAAGAAACAAACCACAAGUCGAUGCGCUUGACCGAAGGAUACGAAAGGCCAUUCAGUCUUACCAGCAGACCGAAGCCGCCUUCCGCAAAGAGGUGCAAGAGCAGCAACGUCGUCAAUAUCUCAUCGUGAAGCCAGAUGCGUCAGAAGCGGAGAUUCGCGAGGCAACAGAGGCGGGCGGUGAUACACAAAUCUUCCAGCAAGCUCUCAUGCAGUCGGAUCGCAGAGGCCAAGCCAACAGCACAUUGCGCAAUGUCCAACAGCGACACGAUGCCAUUCAGCAGAUUGAAAGGACCAUGAUUGAAUUGCAACAACUGUUCCAAGAUCUGGAUGCGAUUGUUGUUCAGCAAGAAGCUGCCGUUAUGGAUAUUGAGACCAAGGCCGAGGAGACCUAUACUCACAUCGAGGCGGGCAAUGUACAUCUGGACAAGGGUGUCAGCAGUGCUCGUGCCGCGCGGAAGAAGAAGUGGAUUUGCUUGGGUAUUUGUGUCGCCAUCAUUCUCGUCAUCGUCCUCAUCAUCGUCAUCUACGGAGCCACACAAGGGUGGUUCAAGAGCGACAACAACAACAACAAUAACAACAACACGACCAAUGCAUAGAUUCCCGGGGAUAUGAGCUGGGCUCAUUCAUCAUCAGAUUGGACAUGGGGAGGGCGUGUAAAAUUACUUUUUCAGUUUCCUUUUGUGUUUGCGUGUGUGCGAGAUACCAGAGUACGCCUAUUUCUCUUUUCUUCUUAUUUCAUUUCUCCUUGAUGUCAUGAGAUGAACAGAGCUCGCUGGGUACUGGUACUACUACUACUAUAACAACAGAACAGAACAGAAAUAGUGUGUAAUACAGGGGCGG